AUGACCCAAACAUUCAAAAUCCUCAUUCUACCCGGCGAUGGUAUCGGCCCAGAAGUAAUGACCGAAGCCGUAAAGGUCCUCAAAGCCUUCGAAACACCGCAACGCAAGUUCGAACUACGCCAGGAACUGAUAGGAGGCUGCAGCAUAGAUGCCCACGGCAAACCAGUAACAGACGAUGUCAAGCAAGCAGCACUAAACUCAGACGCAGUCCUCUUUGCCGCAGUAGGCGGACCGAAAUGGGACAAUGCGCGACGUGGACUCGAUGGUCCUGAAGGAGGUCUGCUGCAGCUACGGAAGGUGAUGGAUAUCUAUGCGAACCUGCGCCCGUGCUCAUCUACUUCGCCGAGUUCCUCUAUCGCUAGGGAGUUUAGUCCGUUUCGACAGGAUGUGAUAGAAGGGGUUGAUUUUGUAGUUGUGCGUGAGAAUUGUGGUGGAGCUUAUUUUGGUCGUAAAGUUGAAGAGGAGACAUACGCAAUGGACGAAUGGGGAUACUCUGAAGCCGAGAUCCAGCGUGUAACCCGUCUAUCGGCCGAAGUGGCGCUGCGACACAAUCCCCCCUGGCCAGUGAUUUCUCUCGACAAGGCGAAUGUUCUAGCCUCGUCGCGGCUCUGGCGCCGUGUAGUGGACAAGACGAUGACAGCCGAGUACCCGCAAGUCAAGCUGGUGCACCAGCUUGCCGACUCGGCAUCAUUGAUCCUGGCGACGAACCCGCGAUCCCUGAAUGGUAUUAUUCUGGCGGAUAAUACCUUUGGUGAUAUGAUUUCCGACCAAGCUGGGUCGAUUGUCGGCACGCUUGGUGUGUUGCCGAGUGCUAGUCUCAAUGGUCUUCCUGGCGAUAAGACGCUAAAGACGAGACCAUAUGGACUAUAUGAGCCUACACAUGGGUCUGCUCCGACUAUUGCCGGGCAAAACAUCGCCAACCCCGUUGCGAUGAUCCUCUGUGUUGCGCUUAUGUUCCGUUACUCGCUGAGCAUGGAAGCAGAGGCUCAACAUGUGGAAGACGCUGUGCGGAAAGUGUUAGAUUCAGGACUGCGGACGCCUGAUUUGGGUGGCAAGGCUGGGACUAACGAAGUGGGUGAUGCGAUUGUAUCUGCACUGUAA